AUGGAUAAUUCAUCAUUUAAAAUAUGUUCAACAUGUGAAAACGAAAAUAUUACGAAACCAAAAAUGGGAAUUCAUCCAUGUCAUGGAUGUCAAUUAUCAUUUUGUUUAAUGCAUCUUAUGAAACAUAGAGAAGAACUUUUAAAAAAACUUGAUUUAGUUAUUAUUCAACGAGAUGAAUUAUUUGAAUCAAUAUUUAAAAAUGUGAAUUUUAGUAAUGAAAAUAUUGAAAAAUCUCUACAAAAUAUUGAUGAAUGGGAAACAAAAAUGCAUGAAUCAGUACAUCAAGUUGCCGAACGAAGUCGUGAUAAUGUUCGAGUUGAAUGUACUAGACAAUUGAAUGAAAUAAAAGUACAAUAUGAUGAAUUUACGAAAGUCUUAUCUGAAACACGUGAAAAUGAUAAUUUUUUUGAAAACGAUAUCGAACAAUUAUCAAUUAAGUUAGAACAAUUUAAACAAGAAAUUCAUAAAAUUAAUAUUGUUCUUCAAUUAAAUCAUAUCGAUAAUAUCAAUUGGUCUCAUUCAGUUAAUCUUAAACAAGAAGAAAAAUCUAUAGUAUCCUAUUUGAAUAAUUCACAAUUAUUAUUCGAACGAAAAAUUAUUUCAUUACAUAAUCGAAAUUGUUUUUUUCUGGCUGCAUCUAAUAUACAUAUAUUAGCUUAUAUUCUAAGUAUUAAUCUCAAUGAAAAUCGUCUUAUUCUCUAUAAUGCUUUGGAUGGAAUUGAACUUUGUUCAACUGAACUUGAUAUUCGAUUUGGUAAUGUCUGUGAUAUAAUCUAUGCUGAAACACUCAAUCGUUGUUUUCUUGUUGUCUGUAGACAAGCAAUUCUUAUUUAUAAUCCUCAACAAAUGACUUUUACAAUUAUAUCUGAAAUAAAACCAAUUGAUGAACAUCCAUUUUGGUCAAUAACUAUUUCAUCAAAUACAAAUGAUGCUUAUCUUAAUGUAGAUAGUAAUGGUUAUAUUGAACGAUGGUCAACAGAAACACAUCCAAAUUGGAAAUUAAUUAAACGUUGGACUAUUCAAGAAAUUUUAGAAGAUUUUGAUCAAGGUAUUCGAAUGAUUCGAAUAUGUGAAAAUAAAAAUCAAUUAGCUAUUGUUGUACUUCAACAAGAUAAAUAUUGGCGUAUUGAUUUAUUUGAUCUUAAUCUACAAUUAAUUAGUCGUGGUAGAAAAUUAAAUAUUUCACAUGGAAUAGAUAAAAUUAGUUUUGGUUGUCGUCUUUUAGUUUUACCUGAUGAUAAUGAUGAAACAUGGCUAUUAACAGAAAGAACAACACAUUCAUUAUGGUAUAUCAAGGGUUUAAUAUCAAAACAAAUUGAUAAAGAUGUUCAUAGUGCAUGUUUAAUAAUAAAUAAUAAUCAACAACGAAAAAUUGUUGUCAGUUAUAGUAAUGAACCGAAACGAAUUGAAAUUUUUAAUCUUUAA